AUGAACAUCCGACCCACCGUUCCCAUGGACCUAUUGCCUGUUUUCUUGGCAUCUGCGGCUGAUUUAGUUCAUGUUCUAGCCAAAAAAGUGUGGGCCCGUAAAAGGGGAAAGCGAGGAGGCCUGCUCGUGCGUCUUAGGAGGAGAGGAGCGCGCACGGCUCUCCCCGGCAUUUUUCUCUCCAACGUACGCUCACUGGGCAAUAAGAUGGACGAACUCAGCCUGCUCAUGAGAAGAAACAAGGACUUCGCCACAUCCUGUGUCCUCUGCUUCACUGAGACCUGGCUAAAUGAGCGGAUCCCGGACUGCGCUCUGGAGCUGCAGGGCUUUGGGCUGUUUCGCGCGGAUCGCCAUUGUGCGCUCUCAGGGAAGAGCAGAGGCGGAGGGCUCUGUUUCUACACAGAGACUAAAGCUCUCGAAACCUGCAGUGAGGAGCUCCAAAGUGUGGUCUGA